CAACUGGUAUUGUUGGUGACUCUAUUUGUCCUUAUUGUGGUCAGCAACACAUGUGUCCUUGUCGGGAUUGCACUCUCUGAAAAACGUGCGAAAACCCGGAUGAACUUCUUUAUCAUGAACCUUGCUAUAGCAGAUAUGUCUGUUGGACUGCUGCACGUGACAGUGGAGAUUGCUGAGAAGUGUUUCAUCGUUUGGCAUGGCGGUCCCGCACUAUGUAAAAUAGUCCGCUUCUUUCAGGUAUUUGUGAUAUAUGCGUCCACGUUCAUGAUAGUUGCCCUUAGCAUAGAUCGCGUGGAUGCAAUUGCAAGGCCGAUGAAAUUUACACGCAAAGCCACGACAGUCCGGAUAUUGGCAAACGGUGCUUGGAUCAGCUCCGGCAUUCUCUCUAUUCCCUCGUUUCUCCUGUUCGAUACAGUCACCCUCAACGGCGACUCACACUGCAUAAUUACACUACAGGAACGCUGGCAUUGGCAGGUCUACAUAACAUUGAUUGCCAUGACUGCGUUUAUAAUCCCAGCAGCAAUCAUCAUCUCGUGCUACACGAUUAUCAUUUGCGUAAUCUGGGGGAAAGGCAGGGGUCUAAACAGGAAUCCGUCAUCCGAUAGUGACGACAACAUCCAAACUACCCAUCGGACAAGGAAUAAAGGCAUCAUUCCGCAGGCAAAAAUAAAAACGGUGAAGAUGACGCUUAUCAUUAUACUCGCCUUCGUGACUUCCUGGUCUCCCUACUUUGUGUUCAAUCUUGCUGACGUGUACAGGGAUAUAAACACAGUGACGUCACAUACACAAGUCGCUGUAACGGCCUUUAUUCAAAGUCUUGCUGCGCUAAAUUCGGUGUUAAAUCCAAUAAUAUACGGAAUAUUCGGAACACGAAUAUGCUUAUAUAUAAGGUUCCUGGUUACAACUUAUGACCACCUGUUGAAGGAGCUUGACGGAACCAGGGAGAGACACCAACACAAAGGUGAAUCAGUUUAA